AUUAACAACUGACUAAAUAAAUGUCUGAUAUAUUUACUAUAGGUCUUAGCUCUGAAUAGAGGAGAGCAUCUUAAAAUAUUGAGUGUCAAAGUUUCUGUUAACUCUUAUGCUAAAAAUGAAAUUAUAAAAAUGAUCAAAAGAAAGUUUUUAUUUAAAACUAAAAGAGAUAAUGAAACAUUUCAAAUGAUUAGCAAUUGUAUAGAUGAUUCAUAUAAACGUUUAAUAGAAGCAUACAUCUGCAGACAGACAAGAUCUGAUCUUACAAAGAAAGCAGAAAAGGAAUCAAUUCUAGUGUUUUGUACAAAUUUAAAACACCUUUUACUAACUCAACCAGUAAAAGGUAAAGUAGUGAUGGGUAUUGAUCCUGGUUUUCGGCAUGGAUGCAAAUUGGCUGUUGUAUCUUCUAAAGGAACUGUAUUGGAAACAAGUGUCAUUUAUCCUUUUGAUGCAAAUAAGUCCAAUGUUGCAAGAAAUAUUCUUAAACAACUGAUUGAAAAACAUGGUUGUGAAAUUCUUGCUAUUGGAAAUGGUACUGCUUGCAGAGAUACGGAAAAUUUUUUGUCUGGUCUUAUAUCAAAAAAUGCUUUUCAUCCACUUCAGAUAAAAUACUGGUAAUAAUUUAAAUAGUUU